AUGUCCGAGGGUGCUUUAGAAGGGGUGACAAUUCUGAAUAAAUUAUAUAUCAACCACAUAACAACCAAUCUUAGCUUAUAUAGAAUUGACACUGAUCCCAUCUUUUCUGAAGCAACCACUGCUAUCUCCAAAAUUAUCGGAAAACCCGAAAAGUUUGUGAUGGUGCUAUUGAAGUCAUCAGUGCCGAUAUCAUUUGAAGGUAACAAAGAACCAGCUGCUUAUGGUGAGAUAAUAUCAAUGGGAGGUAUAGAUAAACAAGUGAAGAAGAAACUCAUUGAUACACUUGGCACAAUAUUGCAGUCAACACUCUCUAUUCCAAGAACACGUUUUUUUCUCAAAGUCUUUGAUACUACUGCUUUUCCUACACGCUCCAAAAUGUAAUGAUUUCAUAGUUGUAGUACCAUAGUCACAAGAUUGUACUCUAA